AUGGAUAGAUUCAGUUUGGAAGUAGAAACCGUCUACUGUAAUGAUUCCGGUACCCAGAACAAUGUUUUCAAGCUGACUCCAGAAGAACUCAAAAAUCGGAUUGUUGAUGUCAUGGAUUUUGUCAAGGAUCCCAUCGCUUCCCACGACUACUGCCCAGAAGAGGAUCCAAAAUUGUAUCGUAGCCAAAAAACUGGUCGAGGUCCCCUUCCUGAGAACUGGGUAGAAGAAUUUGUGAAGGCGGGUAAACCCGUCAUGUGCGCUUACAAGAUGUGCAAGGUGGAGUUUCGAUACUGGGGAAUGCAGACGCGAGCUGAACGUUGGAUUCACGACCUAGCUCUACGAAAUACGAUGCUCCGGGCACAUCGACAAGCUUGGGCUUGGCAAGAUGAAUGGGUAGGGUUGACAAUGGCUGACAUUCGAAGGUUGGAAGCAGAAGCGGCUGAACAUCUAUCUGCUAUGAUGGCCAACGAAGCCGACGAAGCAGCCGAAGAAUCAGAAGAUGACGCAUCAUCAGGUGAUAUCUAUUUUGACUGUAGCGAUGGAUCAUCACUCAAUCACAAACCAUCAAUUAUUCGAUGGAGUUCUGAGCUUGAAUUGGAGAUCGUGGAUGAGCAUUCGCCACCACUUACACCUAAUGCCGUGUCAAGCACAGCUUUGUUAGUGAUGGUAUUUCACGGUGAAUUCUGUCCGGAUAAUCCAGCGGACAAAGCUACAGACACGACCACCUUUAAGUCCACCAUCGACUCCCUAGUUCAAAGGCACUACCCUCAGUUACGUGGCCGAGUUCAUGUAGUAACGGUUCCAUGCGGAUCUGAACUUGAUCCUGUUGUUAAUAGCCUCUCCUCGAUCUCUGCUUCAUUUGGAGCACUUCUUCCAGCACUUUCACUUAUUAUUUCAAGCGCUCACACUCUUUACUUUGAGGCGAUUGAGGGGACGAUACGGCGUGCGAACGAAACCUAUAGUGAGUUUGUCGAAACUCAGCCACAAUUUAGUGGAGAGGUUUUCGUAGUGGGCGAUUCUCUCGGUGGUUUGCUUCUCUAUGAGGCAAUGACUAAA